AUGGCCUCACAACAAAGCGUCUUGUUGUUUUCAUUCUUCAUUAUAAUUCAAGUGCUACUAGCAUCAGCUAACUGUCCAGCUUCAAUUAACUGCGGACAUGUCGGACAAAUCGAGUUUCCUUUUACAACACCGCAACACCCAAACUGUGGCAUGUUAACCAUACACGGUUGUGAUGACCCCGAACCACAAUCCACAAAAAGCAUUCAAAAUAACAAUAGAUGGUUUGAUGUAAUCGAAAUCAAACCCUUCACAAUCACAAUUCGGGACGAUCAACUCCAUGAUUUAUUGCAACAGAAAAGCUGCAAUAUUCUUAAUUUCGAUUCUAUGUUUACUAUCAACACGCCUUUGGUUUCGUCCAGUCUAGAGAAUUAUGUUACUGUUUUCGGAUGCAGCAACAUCAACAACACAGUCGAUCUUCGACAGUACUAUUCUUCUGUUUCUAAUUCAACUUCUAUUUGUACAACACAACUGUUCUCCAACAGUGAUAAAACUAUUGUGGUUGUAACUGAUUCCACCACUUAUCAUCUCAAAGGAUGUUCAAAGGUGGAGCUUCCAACUAAAUAUGAAGUUACAGCUGAUGUUGACCCAGAAGAUCUUUUUUACUACUUGAUCGCUGAUAUUCCAAUCAAAUUACAAGUUUCCCAAGAUUGUUCAAGUUGCCAUGAUAUUGAUGGAGGUCAAUGUCGUCUUGAUACACAAGGCCAGUUUUAUUGUCACCAAGGGAAAUCUAAUAAGACCCUUCUAAUAGUCACAACAGUUGCAUCUUCUACUGGAGUACUUGGAGUUCUAGCUUUAUUGGCUUGGUUCUUGAGAAGGCGUUUUAUCAGCAACAAAAACUCACCAUACCAAAUAAUUGAGUUGUUUCUGAAAAACCAUGGUCAUCUAGCAGCUAAAAGGUACACUUAUACAGAAAUAAAAAAAGUAACAAACUCGUUCAAAAACAAACUAGGCCGAGGAGGAUACGGAAGUGUAUACAAAGGAAAAUUACAAGAUGGGAGUCUUGUGGCAGUAAAGGUAUUAAGUGAAUCCAAUGGUAACGGUGAAGAAUUCAUUAACGAGGUUGCAAGUAUUAGUGUCACUUCUCAUGUUAAUAUCGUUAGUUUAUUGGGAUUCUGUUUAGAAGGUUCUAAAAGAGCUUUGAUAUAUGACUACAUGCCUAACGGAUCACUAGAAAAGUUCAUAUAUCAAGACAAAGAUCCACUAAAGCUAAAUUUUCCAUUGAGUUGCAAUACUAUCUACAAUAUUGCAAUUGGCGUUGCUCAAGGAUUAGAGUAUUUGCACAUGGGUUGCAAUACUAAAAUCUUGCAUUUUGAUAUAAAACCUCAUAAUAUAUUACUAGAUGGUGAUUUUUGUCCUAAAAUUUCUGAUUUUGGACUUGCAAAAGUAUGUCCAAGAAAAGAAAGUAUUAUAUCUUUAUUGGGUGCUAGAGGUACUGCAGGAUACAUUGCUCCUGAAGUGUUCUCUAGAAAUUUCGGUUCAGUUUCUCACAAGUCUGAUGUAUAUAGCUAUGGAAUGAUGGUUUUGGAAAUGGUUGGUGGAAAACAGAAGAACAGUAUGGAUGAUGUUGAACGGUCGAGUGAAAUUUAUUUUCCACACUGGAUUUACAAGCGCCUUGAACUGAAUCAAGAAUUUAGACUGCAAAGUAAUAAUAAUGAAUUUGAUAAACAUCGUGUUCGAAAGAUGAUUAUAGUAAGCUUAUGGUGCAUCCAGACUGAUCCAUCCCAUAGGCCUGAAAUGAGUAAAGUAGUAGAUAUGAUGGAAGGUAGCUUGGAAUCUUUGCAAAUACCACCAAAACCUUUCCUGUCUUCACCUCCUAGGCCUCCCUCAAAAUCAUCGGAUUGUAACACUUACACAUCUCAUGAUUCGUAUCCUUCCGGCACACUCCAUACCACUGAUUGCCAACCUCUCUAG